GGAAACUGAAUAAUAGAUAGAGUCGGGUCCUUGCGCCCCCUUGCGCAAACACAGUCGCUGGAGCGUCGUGCGUCAACUUAUCACGAUCUGUUCCUUUGCCUAUAUUAUAUAAGAAACCAACUUCAGAGUGGAAUCGUCGUUGAUUUUCGCGACUGGCCCGCAAGCGUGGCGGGCUGGGCGCCAGCGCACUAAUAGGCCCCACACUGCAUCUCAGUUGAAAGAGUAAAGGACACAUGGCGGCCCGCGGGGUCCUGUACACCAGCGACGGUGGCGGGGGCACAAGUGCCAACGGCGAGGACGGGGACCCGAAUGACGAUUACUUCGGAGUGCAAACACCUCCUACUCGCUCGUUUAUGAAGCUGGUGCCACGGGCAUUGAAGACACAAGGCAAGCUCGAAGGCAAGCGCUCAAGCGGCCAGAAGCCGAACCGGAGCUCAUCCGGAAAGGGGCUGGGGCCGCCCCAAGCGCUCCACCGCCAGGCGCACAAUGCGUCAGCUGCGCGGCGGCAGGCCAAGGACCGCCGUCAGAAGGCGCGGUCUCAGGCGAGGUUCUUCAAGGAGAUUGAUACUACACUCGAGGCGCUUGGUAUCGGGACGGCGGGUGCUGCGGCAGGUGCAGGUGGCAGCCUGGGUGGGGCGGGUAGCGGCAUGCCGCCCAGCCCUUGUAGCAGCAGCAUUAACCUUAGUCUCAGCCUGGCGCCCUCCGCUGACCAGCUGCUCACGCCCACCGCCAGCAGCAGCAGGGCGGGCACUCCUCCUCCGCAGGCGGGGGCACCUGGCAUGGGCAGCAUGAGCCGGCGCGCCACUAGCGAUCAACGCCUGACCGAAUACCUGCCGUCUGGCUACUCAACCCCGGACCGCAACCUGUCCAUGGGCGGGCCACCGCUGAUGUCCUUUGGCCGCGGCUCCAACAAUGGCGCCCUGCCGCCAGCCGCUGAGCCCACCGGUUUGCCGCCACGCAUGCCGGGCGCUGCAGCGGAGCGGCACCAAUCAGCUCUCAGCAUGCAGCUACCAGCAGGGCACGGCCCGGCGGAGCACGGCAGUAGCACAGCCGCGCAUCGCCGGGCCGUGAGUGUGGAGGGCGAGCCGGCAGCGGGCGCGCCCCUCCUCUAUCCCAGUUUUAUCACGCAUCUAGCUGCGGGUGAGGUCGUGCCGUCGGGGCCGGUGCAUCCCACCCCCAGCCGCGGGCAGUUCAUCUUGCCAACCGCCAUCAGCACCGCCGUCAACAGAGAUGAGUUCCGGCGGCACAUCGGGCACGUGAUCAUGGGCCACGCCCAGUCGGAGGAGGACCUGGAGGAGGCGGUCAACCAAGUGGAGGAGCGCGCCGAGCCGCUGCACGAUGAGAUUGAAGCACUGCACGAGGCUGCGGAGCAUGCGGCAGGUGGUGGCGCAGUGAGCUCUAACAGCCUUGAAGCCAUGAAUGCUAGCCUGGAAGAUCUGUUCCGGCGGACCAAAGAGGUUCUGCGGAGGGCCAAGCCGCUCAGGUCCCGGCUGGCUGACCACGUGGACCUGUUGCCGCGCCUGAACGAGCUGCUGGUCAAACUGCUGGCGGGGCUCGUGGAGGCGGCGGAGGCACUGGCGCGAGUCGGCGAGGCCGUCGUGGCGGCGGCGGGCGAGCUGCGGGACCGUGGCAGCGAUGACGACGUGCGACGGGGUGUGCGCGCGGUGAAGCGGCUGCUGGAGCAGAUCGAGUACAUCUCGCGCAAGACGUCGGACGAGCUGGAUGCCGCGAACGAGGCGGCGCAGGCGCAGCCGCUCGUGGCAGCGUGCCAGGCGGCAGCAGUCAGCCUGUGCACCGCCAGCAUCCAGGCAGCGGCGCAGGCCGCGCCUGUGCUGCUUAAGCCCGACUCGCUUUCGUCAGACAGCUUCGUGCAUGAGAAAGACAACCAGGCGAAACGGCUAUGCGUCUUGUGGGAUGAGGCAUCACGUCUGACGGACAAGAUGGCCAAGCGCUAUCCCGGCUUCCGCCUGCGCCUGUACGGCGAGCUGGCCGCGGCGCUGCUGGAGGCGGGCGACCUGGCGUUGGGCAUGAUGCAGGCGGCGGCGGCAGGGGCGGGGCCAGGGACGGAAGGCGAGGCGGCCGGCGACCUCAGUGAUGCAGCAUCGGACUCGGGCGUCGACAGCGACACAGGCCGUGCAGUGCAGGCGGGUACUGCCUGGGGCGGCCGGAUGGCUUCAGCUUGGGGCGGCCGAAAGGGCCCCGCCGGUCGUGGCGGCACCACUGACAAGGAGAUUGAGGCCCAGGCAUGGGUGCCCAGCUUGCUACAGAUGCUGCUGCACCGCGCCAGCGAGACGCACCGCUGGCUGCGUGACGCGCUGGCUGAGGCGCUGCGCUACCGGGCGGUGGCGGAGGGGUCGUUGGACCUGGACGACGCGGACGAGGGCAGCCUGAGUCAGGGACUAGGGUCCGGCGGCCCCGACAGCCUGGGCGGGCAGGCUGCCGUGUCGCCCGCCGCGCGCGAGGAGGCCCUUGAGUUGGACGGCGCUGAGCUGGAGGAGCUGUUUACGGAGCUGGACCGGCUGCAGGAGGUGUUCGCGGAGCUGUGCGUGGCCAACCUCAAGCGGACCAUGCGCCUGUGCUCAGGUAGCACGGGGGAACCGCUGUCGGUAUGGGCGCUGGAGUCGGCUCGUGACGCGGCUGAGGCGGCGCUGCGCUUUGUGUAUAUACACGAUAACAGCAGCAUGGCGCUGGGGGACAUGCUGGGGCAGGAGGUGACAGAGGAGCACAAGGCAUGGCUUCACCACACGUGGCAGGAAUACACCCGCCUGUCCCAGGGCGUGGUCAACGGCUUGCUGUCCAUUCGCCGCCAGAUCAACGUGCGCAAGGGCAACUUGUCGCCAACGCCCGUACCCGCACAGCGCCCAACCGCGGCAGCGGUACCACUGGCUACAGCAGGCACCGGGCGCGGGCGGCCAUUGGGCGCAAUAUCAACAGGGGCACCCACCGCACGGGUUGCACCUGUGGCCGCGCAUGCCGGGGCAAGCGGGCGAGCGUCUCUCGAGCAGCCGGGCAGACGGGCGCCUGGUGCUGCUGCCCCGGCCCCGGCAUCUGCACUUGUUGCCGGUACGACGGCUGGGCUGGGGCGCCGGCGUCCGCCCCCUGCUCCCAAGUUGUCAUUGCCAUCAGCGGCAGGCGUGGGGCAUCGGUUGCAGCCGGUUUCGCCGGCUUCCACCGUGUCCGGGCUUCCUUGGGGCCAGGCUGCGCACCCGUCGCACACAGCUCCGCAGCUGCUCCGCGCGCCGCAUCAACAGUUCGGGAGCAUUGCUGCAGCAGCAGCGAGUGCCGCUCCAAGCUGGGCUGCAAGCAGCAGCUCAGCGGCACUCGUAGCAGCGGAGCUUGGGGCGGCGGCGGUGGCAGCUGCCGCGGCAGCGGCGGCUUGCACCUCGGCUUCUGUGGGCGUAGACCCGGGAUCAUCGGCGGUGAACACACAUGCCGCCGCUGCCGUCGCUCCCUCCAUGUGGAAGGCGGCCCUGCUGGCACCCGGUGGGGAGGCUCCGCGUGGGAAUGGCUCAGCCCGGAGCAGCUUUGAGGCGGGGGAGCCAUCACCGUCGGAGCGGGCGCGCAGGCAGCAAGAGCAGCUGGCAGCGGCGGCAGCAUCGGAGGGGCGGCCUGCGGCUAGCACAGGCCAGAAGCCGGCAGCGUCUUCGGCUGUUGCGACCACGUCCAGCUCAACCUCCACUGCCAGGCGGAGAGACCAGCAGGGCAACUCGCAGUCACGGCCAGUAGUGGAGCGUGGCUCGGGCGGUGGGAGAGGUGCUGCUCGCGGCGGCAUGUCCACACGGGGCGGGGGAACUGGAGGCCGGGGCAGUGGCCGCCUGUUCGGCCGGGGCCGUGGGAGACUGGACCGCGGAGAUGACGACAACGGUUACGCGGAGGAGAACCAGCCAUCUGCAAUCGGCGCCGCGAGCAAUUCCGAACAGCUGGAGCACGGCCGACAGCGCCGUGAGGGUGCGGGAGGUGACGGCGCUCACGAGCAGGGGGCUGGGGCUGCCAGCAGCUCGGCCCAGCCCAAGCUGCCUCUCGCAACUACGGGCACAGCAGCUGCCUCGGAGCACUCUGGCGCUGUUGAUUCUUCAACAGCUACCGCCGGCGCUCCCGACGCAGCUAGCCCUUCGUUACCAUCGUCCUGGGCGGCAGUGGCUGCACGGGGCAGCCAGGGGUCUGCGGCCUUGCCUGGGUCCGGCCGGGGCCCCAGCGCGAACACAAUGCGCUCGCCCUUUGCGUCAACGUCAGCUGCGAGUCGAGCGGCUAGCGGCGUCGCACCAGCAGGGGUACCGGCGCCUGCAGCUGCGUCUCCGUUUGCUGCGAUUGCCAUGCAGCCGCCACCUGCGUCACCAACCGCCUCAGCGUCCCCGGCAAACUCGCAUGUGCCCUCGCCGCAGCACACGCCGCACCAAUCGGCGCCGCCAUCUCCGCCGUCGCAUUCCGCUGUCAUCGCGCCAAACGGUGGUGUGGCGCUGGCUACCUCGCCCUCCCUGACCCCGGGUGGAAUGCCUCACGUGGUGCAGGUGCCACCUCUGAGCGCAGCUUCAACGCACGCCACGAUUACAGGAGCGCAAGGUUGCAGCAGCAGUAGCACGACAACAACCGCUGCGGCAAUCAGUGGAGGCUCGGCCUUUCAGUUUGCGCCGGUGAGCACUGCACCAACGGCUCCCAGCUCAUGGAAUUUGCCAGCAAAUGGUGCCAACGCUGCUGGUUGUAUAGGCAACGGUGGCAAUGGUGGUAAGCGGACGCCGAAGCUUGGAAGCCCACACGCCUCUGGCCCUGUCAUGCCACCGCCGACCACCCUCGGCGUAAGCUCAGCAGCCGUGCUGGCAGCAGACGCACAAGGACCGGGGGCGGCAGGGAUGGCAAUCGCAGACGCUGCGGGUCCAGCUGAGGGUGCAUGGACAGCGGUGGCCUCUGGCGGCGCUCACCAGCGCCAGCUGCACCAGCAGACGCAACCGCACCAGCAGACGCAGGCCCGCACUGGUCACACGGCCCGCCCUGGCCAGGGCCCAGGCCUGGUUGGGACGGGGCCCAAGGCCACGCGGACCGCGUCUCUCACUGCCCAGGUGUCUCUGGGGCCCGGCGGCCUCGGCCCGGCUGCCCCAGCCGUUGCCGACCUGACCCGGCAAGGCAGCGAGGGCCUGGCUGGACACGUAGUUCGGGACCCGGAGCUGGCGGCGCUGCUGCACGCCAUUGCCUGCGACCCGUUCUGGGGCAUCCGCUGGUCCGACCUGUCGGCGGGGCUGUCCAACCUGGUCGGCAACGGCAGCACGGGCCAGGUGUUCGCGGGCACCUACCUGCAUGGCGAGGUGGCCAUCAAGGUCAUCGGUAUCAACCGUGACAUGGAGUACGACUUAGGGGCUCUGCGCGCCUUUAAAGCUGAAGUGGACCUGAACAAGCGCCUCAACAACCACCCCAACAUCGUUCGCUUCAUCGGCGUGUGCGCGGAUUACAUCCAGUACGCGGCGCGGCAGGCAGGACUGCUCACGGAUGCAGACCUGGUCCACACCCGCUGGGCGGCACCUCCCCGGGCUGUCGGCACACGCGAUGGGCGCCCGUUUGCACCCAUGCUGGCAAUUGUGAUGGAGUACUGCCACCUGGGGACACUCUGGUCUAUGAUCGGCGAGGCACGGCGGCUGUCCAACGUGGCAGCUCGAGGGCAGCAGCCGGUACGCACCAACUCCAACCGAUGGGGCUUUGCCUUCUGGAAGAGCUGGGAGCGCCGCAUGGAGGUGCUGUGUGGCGCUGCUGCGGGUCUGGAGUACAUGCACAAGAACCACGUCAUCCACCACGACUUCACCUCCUAUAACCUGCUACUGGACGAGCGUGGCGGAAAGUGGACGACCAAGGUGUGCGACUUCAAUUUGAGCCGGGUUGUUUCUCGUCACGCUGGCGGCGCGCCUGCCAGCGGCGGUGCCAGCAGCUUGACGGUGCCCAACAGCGGAAAUAUGUACAGCCCGCGCUGGCAGAGCCCCGAGUACUUGGAGGGCAAGGAGUACGCCACCGCCACCGACGUGUUCUCUUUUGGUGUCGUGCUGUGGGAGGUGGUCACACUGCAGACGCCGUGGGAGAGUGAGCUGCACCAGUAUGAGAACAAGGGUCUGAAGGUGCUGGAGCCGGUGUUCAUUCACGAGGAGGUGGUGACCAAGAACAGGCGUCUGGCGUUCCCUGAUCCGGCCGCACUGGAGCAAGAGCUUCCAGAGCUGCCACAGUUGGUGGCACUCUGCGGGAGGUGCUGGCAUAAAGACCCGCGCAGCCGGCCACGCAUGACCGAGGUGGCGGAUGCACUGAUGACCGUCCUCGGCUCUGUGCGCCAGCGUGAGGACGCUGCGCGCAGGGCAAACGCCGCGGCGCGGCGGCCUGCUGCGGAGGGCGGGCCCAGUGCGGCUCAGCAGCCUGGUACAACUGCCGCCGCCGCCACUGCCGCCGCGGCAGCUGGUGCCUCAAACACAGCUACUCCAGCUGUGGCAAUGGUCCCAACACUUGCGGCGACAAUGCCAGCGCUGCCAGGGGCACCUGCCAGGGGUACCAACACGCCCACGUCUCCUUUUGCACGCGCCGUACCAUCGCCAUUUGCGGCUUCAGCAUCCCCAGCACCCCCGCCCCUGCCUUCACCAUUUAAGACGGAGCAGUAAACAGUUGCUGUACUCCGCUUGGUGGUGGUGGCUUCCCCAGGCUUGGUAGCGGCGGCAGCCUGGGACCCGGUGGCAGCAGCACAGGUACCAGUGGUGGCGGCAUGGGGCUUUGCGCAGGGCCUGGUGGCAGGGUUUAGGGUUUUACGAAAGCAGGCCACGUGGAGGAUGAGAGCAGCAGCAUGUGUAGCGCAGCCAUUAUUAUCUUUUGUGAGUCUUGUGUGGCUGCUCGAGCGAGCAGACACCUUGUUGGCGUUGUUGGCAGUAAGUGACCCUGGCCAAGUCCAGGAGAUGAGGUAGUUCGGACCCUUCAGCCUCCAGGCGCGAUGGGGUGCGGGCUCAACCCACUACAUACUUUUGUUGUAUCAUGUGGACAUGGGGUUGAUCGAGUCCUCGGAGAUUCAAGUGUGUUGCUCAGAACUGCAAGUAUCAUGCAUGCAACUCAGGCAGUCUUUGCCUUUUGCAUGGGGGUCAUCAGGAGGCAAGGCUGAGUGCAAUACGGAUAAUCUUAUGCUUGUGUACUUUCGUUGGCGGUGAUUGGCCACUGGACCCGCAGAUAACCUGGCAACCGGUGCCUGUGCAAACCAAUCCGUUUAUCUCUUUCAGGCAAGGCUAGUUCCGUAGACCGCUUCGGCCUCAGACAAUGGUGAUGUUGUAUGUGGGCCCGUCUUUCAUGCAGAAACUUGUCUUGCUGCAUGUUGCCUCAGCUUUUGUUCUCUUGUCAUCCUAUGGGCAGUCACCCUCACAUCCACAGUGAGGCAUGUCAUGGGUUCCUAGCUUUGGAUGUGUGUGUGUGUGUGUGUGUGUGGUGUGUGUGUGUGUGUGUGUGUGUGUGUGUGUGUGUGUGUGUGUGUGUGUAGGUGUAGGGGGAGGCAGAUAAUAUGCCCGACGUGCGUGGGUUUGAAGACCCCUAGCUGCAACCAUGCCCACCUGUAUGAUGUGGGGUCGGCAGGCAAGGACAUCACUGAUUGCAACAGUGUAAUGGCGCAUGGGUGUCUUCAGAUGAGUGCUGCAAGUGGCCUUGCUUGGUGGCUGGACUUACUGGGAAUGCCAGUACAGUUCUGGAUCUGGGAGGUUACGCCAUAGUAUGUCUUUAGCAAGUUGGGUGAGAUGAUGUGAUGUGGGUUCAGCUCACUCUCCCAUGGAGGGUAAGCUCAGCCCCUGAGCCCAGCUACGACGCUACAUGGGUCAAGGCCGAAGGAAGGGGUGCGAUGUACUGUGCAGCACGAUGUGAGGACAGUAGCAAGGAGGAGUGUGCUGCUGGCCUAGUCAGCAAGUGACUUGCUUGACGGUGGCAUAAUGGACUAUAAAAUGCUGAGUAUUUCGUGACCAGUGUCCACCAAUGCGCAUCGGAGCUGAUGCAGCACAAAUUGUAAACCUGGCGCCGA